UGUGUGUUCAUCUCCGUUGUCUUGACGCCAGGAGGAGGCCGCAGCUCUGGCUCUGUCUCACAGCGGACAAAGUUGCGUAGCGUCUCGGCGGUCGUCUUCGUGUCUUAGCGUCGUUGGUCCGGGCGCAGAAGAACUCGCAAAGGUCGUCGUCGUCGGCACCGCUGGUACUUUCAGAAAGUAGUAAUGAUUUAAUCGGAGAAAACUAGGUCGCAGGCCAGAGGGAAACGGAGAAAGAAGCCGAGGAACGAGGAGAGAGAGAAGCGGGCUGCGUCGCUGGAGAUGUGCUGCGGGGCCGAGAUUGCGGCGGUAUCCCUCUGUAGGCUUGGACUGAGCAGAUUGUUCUGACAGGAAACGGACAACAAACGGAGGAGGUGAACAUGGCGGGGGCCUCCAGCUUCUUUUCCAACGGCCCAGUUACGUGGAUGGACAACGACACAGAAAUGAACAACCUGUACCGAGACCUGGAGGUGGGCACGGUGCUGACGCUCUUUUAUUCCAAGAAGUCUCAGCGGCCAGAGAGACGGACGUUUCAAGUCAAGCUGGAGACCAGGACCAUCAUCUGGACUCGGGGCACAGACAAAAUAGAAGGAGAAAUUGACAUUCGAGAGAUCAAGGAGAUCCGACCUGGACAGAAAUCCCGGGACUUUGAGCGCUACCUAGAGGACUCGGCGGCGCGGCUGGACCAGGGUCACUGCUUUGUCAUUCUGUACGGCACCGAGUUCCGACUGAAAUCCCUGAGCCUGGCAGCGACGUCUGAUGAAGAGAUGACCAUGUGGGUGAAGGGCCUGACCUGGUUGGUGGCCGACACCUUGAAGUCUCCGACGCCGCUGCAGAUAGAGAGGUGGCUGAGGAAACAGUUCUAUGCUGUCGAUCGCAACCGCGAAGAUCGGAUAUCCUGUAAGGAUCUGAAGAGCAUGCUGAGCCAGGUCAACUACAGGGUGCCCAACAUGAGGUUCCUUCGAGAGAAACUUCCGGACUCUGAGCUGAGGAACGGUUCUGUUCUCUCAAAGGUCUUCCUGCUGUGUUUACAUUUUCAGGUGGAAAUCCAGUUUCUACAAAGGUUCAUCAACAGUCCAGAGCAGAGGAUCAGUCUGGAGGAUCUGAAGAGCUUCCUCCUGGACUCUCAGAAGGAAAUGUGGGCAACAGACAACAACCAGGUCCAGGAGUUCAUGUUUGGGUAUUUGAAGGAUCCUCUGAGAGAAGUGGAGCAGCCGUACUUUCACCUUGACGAGUUCCUCACCUAUCUGUUCUCCAGAGAGAACACCAUCUGGGACUCCUCCCUGGACAAAGUCUGUCCUGAGAACAUGAACCACCCUCUGUCCCACUACUGGAUCUCCUCUUCACACAACACCUACCUGACAGGAGACCAGUUCUCCAGUGAGUCCUCUCUGGAGGCCUACGCUCGCUGCCUGAGGAUGGGCUGUCGCUGUAUCGAAUUGGACUGCUGGGACGGUCCUGAUGGGAUGCCCGUCAUCUACCACGGUCACACACUCACAACUAAAAUCAAGUUCUGUGACGUCCUGACAACCAUCAAAGAGCACGCCUUCGUCACGUCUGACUUCCCCAUCAUCCUGUCCAUCGAGGACCACUGCAGCAUUGUGCAGCAGAGGAACAUGGCCACCUACUUUAAGAAGGUGUUUGGAGACAUGCUGCUGACCAAAGCAGUGGACAUGGCUGCGGACGGGCUGCCCUCCCCCAACCAGCUGAAGAGGAAAAUUCUCAUCAAGCAUAAGAAACUGGCAGAAGGCAGCGCCUACGAGGAGGUGUCCACCUCCACCCCCUACUCUGAGAACGACAUCAGCAACUCCAUCAAAAACGGCAUCCUGUUCCUGGAAGAUCCCAUCAACCAUGAGUGGUAUCCGCAUUUCUUCGUCCUGACCAGCAGUAAGAUCUACUACUCUGAGGAGACGUCCAGUAACCAGGGCAACGAUGAUGAGGAGGAGCACAGGGAGGUGUCCAACGGUAUGGACCAGCACAUCACAGAGAAAUGGUUCCAUGGAAAGCUGGGGGCGGGGAGGGACGGACGGCAGAUAGCCGAGCGGCUGCUGUCCGAGUACUGCCUGGAGACCGGAGCGCCGGACGGUUCCUUCCUGGUCAGAGAGAGUGAGACCUUCGUGGGAGAUUACACACUGUCAUUCUGGCGUUCAGGACGGGUCCAACACUGCCGCAUCCACUCUCGUCAGGAAGCAGGAAGUCCAAAGUUCUACCUGACUGACAACCUGGUGUUUGACACGCUCUUUGCCCUGAUCACCCACUACCAGCAGGUGGCGCUGCGCUGCAAUGAGUUUGAGAUGAAGUUGACGGAGCCGGUGCCUCAGACCAACGCUCACGAGAGCAAAGAGUGGUACCACGCCAACCUGUCCAGGAGCCAGGCUGAGAACAUGCUGAUGAGGGUUCCUCGGGACGGAGCCUUCCUGGUCAGGAAACGAGCAGAGCCCAACUCCUUCGCCAUUUCCUUCAGGGCUGAGGGGAAAAUCAAGCACUGCCGUGUGCAGCAGGAGGGCCAAACCGUGGUGCUGGGCACCUCGGAGUUCGACAGCCUGGUGGACCUCAUCAGCUACUACGAGAAACACCCCGUGUACCGCAAGAUGAAGCUGCGCUACCCAAUCAAUGAAGACACACUGGAUAAGAUCGGCACCGCGGAGCCGGACUACGGGUCGCUGUACGAGGGCAGGAACCCAGGCUUCUACGUGGAGGCCAAUCAAAUGCCCACGUUCAAGUGCACAGUCAGAGCCAUGUACGAGUACAAGGCCCAGAGAGACGACGAGCUCUCCUUCACCAAAAACACCGUCAUCUCCAACGUGGACAAACAGGAAGGAGGGUGGUGGAAGGGCGACUGUGGAGGAAAGAAGCAGCUGUGGUUUCCUGCCAACUACGUGGAGGAGAUCAGUCCGUCAGCAGCCGAGCCUGACAGAACUGAGAUGACAGAGAACAGUCCUCUUGGUGAUUUGCUGAGAGGAAGCGUGGACGUGUCUUCCUGUCAGAUUGUUGUGCGUCCUGAUGGAAAAGGCAGUCGCCCACAUGUCUUCUCCCUGGUCCCCAACGCCUCCAUGAGGAAGGGUCCCGUGCUGGACGUGGCCGCCAGCAGCCUAGAAGAGCUGAAUGAGUGGAUGUUCAAGAUCCGUGAGGUGGCCGUGACCUCCGAGGCCAAGUUGGAGGAAGGAAAGAUGAUGGAGAGGAGGAAGAAGAUCGCUCUGGAACUGUCUGACCUGGUCAUCUACUGCAGACCGGUGCCCUUUGAUGAAGACAAGAUCGGUACCGAGCGGGCCUGUUUCCGGGACAUGUCCUCGUUCCCGGAGACUAAAGCAGAGAAGUACGUCAACAAGGUGAAGGGGAAGAAGUUCCUGCAGUACAACCGACUGCAGCUGUCCAGGAUCUACCCCCGGGGUCAGAGACUGGACUCCUCCAACUACGACCCCCUCCCCAUGUGGCUGUGCGGCUCACAGCUGGUGGCACUCAACUUCCAGACCGCAGACAAGCCCAUGCAGAUGAACCAGGCUCUGUUCAUGUUGAACGGACGCAGCGGCUACGUCCUCCAGCCCCCCAUCAUGAGGGACGACAGCUUUGACCCGUUUGACAAACACACGCUGCGAGGCCUUGAAGAAGUCACUGUGAUCAUAGAAGUUCUGGGGGCGCGGCACUUACCCAAGCACGGCCGUGGCAUUGUGUGUCCGCUGAUUGAGAUUGAAGUGUGUGGAGCUGAGUACGACAGCGGCAAACAGAAGACGGACUCUGAAGCCGACAACGGUUUGAAUCCCACGUGGCCUCGGAAGCCGUUCCAGUUCACGGUCUGUAACUCGCCCUUCGCCUUCCUCCGCUUUGUCGUCUACGAGAUCGACAUGUUCAACGACCAGAACUUCUUGGCCCAGGCCACGUUCCCCAUUUAUGGAAUGAAGACAGGGUACCGAUCCGUACCUCUGAAGAACAGCUUCAAUGAAGACUUGGAGUUGUCUUCACUCCUGGUCCACAUGGAGAUCAUCAGAGGCAGGGGGGAGAACGGAGAACUCCUCAGUCCCUUUCUUGCGGUGGGGGCCACAUCGGUCCACGCGGGGGAUUUGAGCUCAGGUUCCUCCACGUCCUCCGCCGUGGCCACUCUGCCCCAGCUGCCCCCCCAGGCCGUGACCUACAGGGGGGCGGAGGGAACCUUCGAGCCGCGGUACCAGUCUCCCAUGGACGACUUCAGGGUCUCCCAGGAGAUGCUGCUGGACCACAUGGAUCCACAGAACAGCCGGCUGCUGCAGAGGACCAGAGUGGGCGGAGAGAACCGUGUCUAGGUCACAGCCAAUCAGGAUGGAUAUCUGUUGCAGACUGCC